CAAGAAUCCUCUCCUUCAUUUCGCUGUCAGGUCUUCUGCUGUGAUGAGUACAAAGGGAAGGGCUAGAAGAGAACAGCAAUGGCUGCAAGUUGUGAAUUUGGAGUCCAGUCCGUCUCUGAUUUGAGGAUUGUGUUAUUGGGAAACAGAGCAGCAGGGAAAACCUCUUUGGCUAACCUAAUAAUAAGUCACGCAGAGUCUCAUCUGAGGAGAACAGCCCGGUGUGUUAAGAUGCAGGGAGAUUUAGCCGGAAGGCACAUCACUGUAGUUGAUACACCGGGUUGGUGGAAGAAUUUCCUUGUAAAAGAUACUCCUGAAUUUCAAAAACAAGAGAUAGUGCAUAGCCUGGCUCAUUGUCCUCCCGGGCCUCAUGCUGUUUUGCUGGUCAUACGCGUGGACACUUUAUACAAAGAGAAACACAGAGUAUCAGCAAAGGAACACCUGGAGCUUCUGAGUCCAAGGGUUUGGAAUCACACUAUAGUUGUGUUUACGUACAGGGACCAGCUACAGGAACAAACUCUUGGAAAGCAGAUGGGAAGUGAAGGGGAAUCUCUUCUGCUUUGGCUCGUGGAGAGAUGUGGCCAUAGAUAUCAUGUUGUUAACGUAGACAGAGCCACAGGCACUCAGGUUACGGGGCUGUUGGAGAAAAUAGAUGCAAUGGUUGUGGGGAACAGUGGCUGCCAUUUUGAAAUGGACAGGAGGUGGUUACAUGAGGUUGAAAGAAUGAUGACGAAGAGAUACAUGAGAGCAAACCAGAGGAGGAAGAUGGUACAGGAACAAUGGGAAGCUCCACUUACGUAUCAAGGUCACAAACAGUCCCACAUUUCCAAUAUGAGAAUGAUAAUAUUAGGUUUUCGAAGAGCUGGAAAAAGUUCAGCAGGAAACACCAUUCUAAGCAUGGCGACGUUCACCUCGAAGACAACCACCCAGUGUGUGAGGAGAGAUGGAGAGGUUGCAGGAACACGCAUGACUCUAGUGGACACACCAGGCUGGUGGAAGUCUCUCCCACUAUCUGACACACCUGAACUGGUUAAAGACGAGAUAUUACUCAGCAUGUCCCUCUGUCCUCAAGGACCCCACGCUCUUUUACUGACCAUUCGUGUUGAUGAGUCAGUCACAGCAGAAGAGAGGAGAUCUGUGGAGGAACAUCUCGAACUUCUCGGUGAGGGAGUCUGGGCUCAUACUAUAGUGCUGUUCACUCAUGGAGAUUGUCUAGGGGAUUUAACGGUUGAAGAGUUCAUAGAGAGUGAAGGGGAAGCUCUACAGUGGCUAACUGAGAAAUGUCAGAACAGGUAUCAUGUCCUUAACAAUGAGAAUUGGGAUGAUGACGCUCAGGUCACAAGGCUGCUGGUAAAGAUAGAGAAGAUGGUGGCAGAAAAUAGAGGCCAUUGUUAUGAAAUUGACCGCAGGACUCUAAAGGUGGUAAAACAGAAACAGAAAGCAACAGAAAAGAAGGCAAAGGCAAGAGCGAAGCAACAAAAACCUGUGAGAAAGAUGAGUGGAAUAAAAGGCAAUGGAUAUCGUUUUUCUGAGUUUUGUCUUGUGCUGCUCGGUUACGGAGAGGCUGGGAAAAGUUCAGCGGGAAAUACCGUGCUUGGCAAACAGGCGUUCGGAUCAGGAAGAACAUCCCGGUGUGUUCUAAAGCAUGGAGAGGUGGCCAGGCAGACGUUGAGCAUCGUUGACACUCCUGGCUGGUGGAAACAUCUGCCCAUAGAAGACACACCUGAACUGCAUAAAGAAGAACUUGUGCGAAGUCUGUCUCUAUCUGCGCCAGGACCGGUUGCUUUUAUUCUUGUCCUACGUGUAGACUGUUCCUUCCAAGAGCGAGAGCGGAAGGUAAUGGAAGACCAUCUGAAGCUGUUGGGUUCCCCAGUCUGGGACCACAGUAUGAUUCUGUUCAGCUUUGGGGACCUCCUUGGAGACCGAGGCAUUGAGCAGCACAUUGAAUGUGAGGGACAAGCCCUGCAGUGGCUUGUUGACAGAUGUGGUAACAGGUAUCAUGUGUUUAAUAAUAAGGUUAAAGGUGAGAGCCACCAGGUCAGAGAGCUGCUGGAAAAGAUAGAGGAGAUGUUUGCACUGAGUGGAGGGCGUGAUGAGAUGGACAUGCAGGUGUUGCAAGAGGUGACAGACAGGAGGAAGGUGGAGGAAGAGAGAUCACAAACAAGACUGAAGAUAAAGAGACAAAUAGAGGAAGAUGCAUCCGAUGUAUUUGAAAGUGAUGAAGAUGAUGUAAUUAUCUGAACAUCAAGGGCAGAGAUGUGGUGUGCAUAAAGAGCUAUUAGGUUGUAGAUUUAUUUAAAAAAUGAAAGAUUACUGGUAGUAUUUUUUCAUUAAUUAAAAACAUUUUGAAGCAUGCAAUAUGCCAGGGGUCUGCACAGGGGUCCGCCAGUUGUUAUUUGAUCUUGAGUUAAUUUUCGUGAAAGAAUAAAAUUAUGUAUUAAACACAAAUAAAAAAAUAACAUUAGCGACAACCAAAGCAUAAAAGCACACAUAAAAUUAAAAUGUGUAUACGUAUGACUUUAUUUAAAAGUAAAAUGAAUACACGUAAAAUAUAUACAUGUAAAAUUUAAAUUUAUAAAUACAUGAGACUAUAUAAACAUACACUGUAAAAAUGACGCUCAGAAAGUCACGUUAACACGGUUUUUCCAUUACUUUCCAUUCAUUACAAAGUUUUAUAAGAAAUGCAGCACUUUCAUACUGUAUCAUUUAAUGUAAUUAUAGAACUUAAUAUACUUUAAUGUAAUAUUAAUUUAAUAUAAUUUAGAUUUAAGAGACUUGUAAGGCCAAUUUGAUUGAACUUAAAAAUUGAAGGCAACAUUUGAACCUAAGUUUUACGUUCAGAGAAAUCGGCGAAAUAUUUAUAUAAAAAAUGAAACCACAUAAAAUAUAUAUGCUACAUGUAAAAUUAAUAUGUAUAAUAUGGAUAUUUUAUUUAUAAUAUAUGAAAUAAAUGUACAUUACUGGCACAAGAUACAUACAUUCAUAAUCUACCACACAAAUAUUAUUAUGCCAGGCUUAAAAUGCAACUUCGUUGUACAGUAUAAUAUGUAUCACAGUUCUUCUCCAUCUCUUUAAAGCUGGCCUGAAAGAUCCCUGUAACAUACUGUAUGUGAAAUAUGUAGGGCUCUAGCUCUGUCUUAAUGUGGAAAUGUAUUCAUCUGGAAAGCUGUUCCCAUAUUCUUUCUUUCAUAACACAUGGACUUGCUAGCAUCAAGAAUAUUAACGUUUGAUACAUUGGCACAAAACAUUGCUGUGGGCACAAGCUGAAGACAAAUGCAAAUGAGAUGCCACAACAAUUUUUUCAGGGAAACAUAAACAAACAAAUGAUAAAUAACAAACCAAGGGGAAGUAACAGUGUCACAAUGUCAUUAGAUGAGGCAGCAUCAUUCCUGAAUUUAAAGACUGAAUGUGUUUAGUAGGUUAUGAAAACAGCACACCAUACAGCUAAAGGGCUGAGAUUAAUAUUGUUCAUCAUUUACUGUUAGGAAAAUGUUCACUUCUCUUUAUUCAUACAGUCAAGAUGUUUUCCUCCUUUAUCAUCAGAAUGAACUAGACAGGAUAGCUGCAGGUACUCCGAUUGAAUUUACACUAACUAAUCACGCAUUUAAAGUCGAUUUAAAGCAUGACUGUAUUUUGGAUUGUAAGUGGGAUUCAAAGUGGCCUUGGAAAGCUAAAUAAACUCACGUCAAACAGAUCCGGGUGUGCUUCAAGAAUUCUUGUGUGGAAGUGAGUAUUUGGGCAAAUGGAGCAGC